AUGGUGACCAAAAAUGAACAGACGGGCCAACCUCAUUUUGACGAUGCCAGACGGACUGCUUUCCCUGGCGUUAAGAACACCUGGAACGGAACUUCUGUGGAUUAUAUGGAUAUCCAGGUGGGAGACAAGUUGACAACGGGCAUUUAUGAAGUCAGAUGCCCCAGGUUCGAUGAAGUAGUUGUGGCUAAAUUCGCUCGCUUUGAAUGGGAGAUUCUAUAUCUAGAGAGUGAGACCAUGGCUUACCAAUGGAUCGAGGGCAAUAAUAUUGGUCCCCGAUUCCUUGGCCAUUUAAUGGAACAUGGCCGUGUGAUCGGAUUCUUGAUGGAACGCAUCAAGAAUGUCCAGCAUGCUAGCAUUGAGGACCUUGAGUCUUGUCAAAAGACACUGUCACGAUUACAUAGCUUAGGGAUCCGACACGGAGACAUAAACCGGUUCAACUUUCUUAUUCGUGAUUCAACAGCUGUUUUAAUCGAUUUUGAAACGGCACAAAAGUAUGUCGACCAAGAUGCGCUUCUAAAAGAGCUUGAAGAUUUACCGAAUUCACUAGAAGAUUUAUCAGGUCGAGGUGGGGAGAGCGUAUUUGAAUAA